AUGGACUACAGGCAACCGCUGCCACGCCCGCGAAUCGAGGGCAUCUACACGCAAGGCAUCAUCCGCUCCCUGAUUGAUGGGACGUCCGUACGAGACAUGGAUGCUUACGACAAAAUCAUUCUGACGCUCCAGCCCAACAAUUCGAGUAUGGGCCGCAAAUUGAGGAUCUACGCGAAGCACUAUCCCCAGGCCUGGGAUCCGAGUUGGCGUUCGGUGAACAAGGCCUCUGACGCCGACUACUUCGAAUGCGAUACGACGUCCGAAGAGCGUCGCGUCGUCGAGUACUACAAUCAGCAUCUCGACGAAUACGAAGAUAUCGCAACGUUGGCCGCUCAACGUCGACUGGCGGACGCGACGAAAUCGUUUGGAUCGUCAUUCCUGCUCCAUGGUGACUUCAAGGCGCAUCCGAGGACGAUUAGAAUUCUGCUGUCACGCGCUUUUCUCGCACUGGCCCGCGCUUGCAACGAGGGUCAGCUACGCUGCGAACAUCUGAUCGAGCUCUCCUUCUCGCAUUAUGCCGACAAUAUAAAAACCGCGCGCGUCAAGAUCAACACCAAUCGCCCGGCCACGCCGGAAAUGCUUGACGAGAUCGUCAAAGUGUUGAAGGAGCACAAAUUGCAAUUGCAUGUCAAGGUCAAAACGAGCGUAGCCACCUACAUCGCGCAUUCGCUGCGUGACCGCCAGCUGCCGCACAUUCGCUUCGAAUCGCCGGCCCAGGGAUUCACGCGAAACGUUGAAGAUUUGGAGGGCCUGCUGAAGCGCACCUCGUUUUUCCGC